GAAAGUACAGAUGUCUCAGACAGUGACAAGACACGUUGGAGCAUCCUCAAUGACAGGAGCCUGACAGUCCUAGCCCAGGGAAACACGCCAAAGAAAACUUUAAAAAGGAAGAAAGGCGUCUGCAAAGCAAACAACUGCAGGGUUUUUGUGCAGCAGAGAGCUGUCACAUCUGUGGGUUACGUUUUAACAACUUUAUUUCCUUCCUAAACCACGUGGACAAGUAACCAGGGUUCAUGUGUGACAUAUACAGCCUCGACUCUCGCUGCGCGUCUCCACGAUGCAACAUGAGUUGGGCAAUGGAGCCUGCUAACUUCUACGAGAACACCAAGCUAGGCAGCCUGCAGCAGGGGGUCUGCAAGAGCGACGGAGGGGGCGAAGAAGGCACCAUGGUGGAGCUGAGCACCGCCCCAUCCAUAUACGACGACGAGAGUGCCAUCGACUUCAGUCAGUACAUCGAGGCGAUGACAGCCGUGCCGAACCUGGAGCUGUGCAACGAUGAGCUCUUCCUCGACCUGUUUAAUACAGUGAAGCAGGAGAAGGCGGAUUUCUACAACCUUCAGAGCUCCGUCCUGCCAAGCAGCAUGCAGCAGUUGUCAGCCACCUACACAGUGGAGAGGAAGGCGGACAGCGCGCCGGGCAAGGGGGCGUUCAGCGCGCCCAUCAAGCAGGAGUCAGACUGGAGCGACAGCGACAUGUCCUCUUCCCUGCCUUCCCAGAUUGAAACCUGCGCCCAGACCUCCGUCAGCCUCCCCACGGGGCAGCCAACUCCCCCAACAACCCCGGAGCCUGCCUCCACUGUCAGCUCAGCCAAAUCCUCCCCGCGGAAGCACGGAAGGGAAAAGGGGAAGAAGGCGGUGGACAGAUUCAGCAUGGAGUACCGGCAGAGGCGAGAGAGGAAUAACAUUGCAGUGAGAAAAAGCAGGGACAAGGCCAAGAGGCGCAACAUGGAGAUGCAGCAGAAGCUGAUUGAACUGAGUGCUGAAAACGACAGGCUUCAUAAAACUAUCGAGCAGCUAACCAGAGAGCUCACUGGGCUCAGAGAUUUCUUCAAGCAGAUACCAAACUCCUCCUAUGCGGGAUGUACGAGUGCAGAGAGUCGGUGACAAAUGAACUGGUCCAGGAACUGAGCUUUUAUAAAACAUACCUCAAGAGACUUUGUAUUUUUACCAUCUGUACCAGAUGUAUUUUAAGCUUACCAUAAUGGCACUGGAAAAUAUGAUAUUGCUGCCAUAUUUUUGUGGGAUUUUCUCUGUAUUAAAUUAUUCUACCACUGCAUUUAUAUGGUGUUAUACCUGAUACGGUCCGUUUUAUAAUUCCAAACUU